AUCUGCUCAAAUGAAACAAACCAUGCAAGCAUGACCGGAUUCACCAAUGGCAACCCAGGAAUUGCCCAAGCUCAGAUUAUCAUGUUUCCAAUCUACGCAUACACUAGUGGUAGUGCUGCAACUUCUCACCAUAGCAGUUUGGCUUCAGGGAAAAUUGCUCCAGCUGGUACCCAUGCAGCCAUGUCUUAUGCUGCUUUUGCUCCAUCUAACAGUGUUGGAGCCACUGGCUUUCACAUAGAUACUUCAUUACAUUUGGGUCCAAAUGGAGUUUGUCAGUUUAAUACCGAUGAUUUCCAGAUUAGCCGGGAUGGUUUACCACUUACUCGUGGAGAUGCCUUGCAGAACAUACAAGGUCCACCUAUUGGUGAGUCCUCCAAGCUCAAACCUGGACAAAGCUGAUCAGAACAACUGUGGAAGUUUGCUUACGUGCCAAAAUGGUAAGAGGCCCAACUUAGCUGAUGAAUCUGAAAAGCCUGACGUAACGAACGUUUCGAAAAAGCCUAAGAUUUCCCCCAGUGCUCAUGUCAAACCUGAGAAGCCUAAU